GGCGAGCUCUGGCUCCUGGUGCUGGUGCUCAGGGAGGCUGCCCGGGCGCUCAGCCCCCAGCCCGGAGCAGGUAAGGAUGCAGAUCGAGGCUCUGGAUGGGCCACCAAGGGGACCACGCAGAGCUGGAAUCGGAGAGCCCGAGAGAGCCCUGGGCAGGUGUCGGAGCCGGACAGGACCCAGCUGAGCCAGGACCUGGGUGGAGGCACCCUGGCCAUUGACACACUGCCGGAUAACGGGACCAAGGUCGUGGAGGACAACCACAGCUACUAUGUGUCCCGUCUGUAUGGCCCCAGUGAGCCCCGCAGCCGGGAGCUGUGGGUGGACGUGGCUGAGGCCAACCGGAGCCAAGUGAAGGCCCACAGAAUCCUCUCCAACACCCACCGGCAGGCUUCGAGAGUGGUCUUGUCCUUCGAUUUCCCUUUCUACGGGCAUCCUCUGCGGCAGAUCACCAUAGCAACCGGAGGCUUCAUCUUCAUGGGUGACGUGAUCCAUCGGAUGCUCACAGCUACUCAGUACGUGGCCCCUCUGAUGGCCAACUUCAACCCUGGCUACUCCGACAAUUCCACAGUUGCUUACUUUGACAAUGGGACUGUGUUUGUGGUCCAGUGGGACCACGUCUACCUCCAAGGCCGGGAGGACAGGGGCAGCUUCACCUUCCAGGCAGCUCUGCACCGUGACGGCCGCAUCGUUUUCGGCUACAAAGAGAUCCCUAUGUCAGUCCUGGAAAUCAGCUCCUCCCAGCACCCCGUCAAGGCAGGCCUGUCAGACGCCUUCAUGAUUCUCAAUCCAUCCCCAGACGUACCAGAAUCUCGGCGAAGGACCAUCUUCGAAUACCACCGUGUGGAGCUGGACCCCAGCAAAAUCACCAGCAUGUCGGCCGUGGAGUUCACCCCAUUGCCAACCUGCCUGCAGCAUCGGAGCUGUGACGCCUGCAUGUCCUCGGACCUGACCUUCAACUGCAGCUGGUGCCAUGUCCUCCAGAGAUGCUCCAGUGGCUUUGACCGCUACCGCCAGGAGUGGCUGACCUACGGCUGUGCCCAGGAGGCAGAAGGCAGGACGUGUGAGGACUUCCAGGACGAGGACCACUACUCGUCUUCCCCUGAGAGCUCCUUCAGCCCCUUUGAAGGAGACCUCACCACCACCUCCUCCUCCCUGUUCAUCGACAGCCUCACCACGGAAGAUGACACCAAGUUGAAUCCCUAUGCAGGAGAAGAUGGCCUUCAGGACAACCUGUCCCCCAAGACAAAGGGCCCCCCCGUGCACCUGGGCACCAUCGUGGGCAUCGUGCUGGCGGUCCUCCUCGUGGCGGCCAUCAUCCUGGCGGGCAUUUACAUCAAUGGCCACCCCACCUCCAACGCUGCACUCUUCUUCCUGGAGCGGAGACCCCACCGCUGGCCGGCCAUGAAGUUUCGCAACCACCCCAACCACUCCACCUACACAGAGGUCGAGCCCUCGGGCCACGAGAAGGAGGGCUUCGUGGAGGCCGAGCAGUGCUGAGGGCAUCGGCUCUCUCCUUGGAAGAGUAGGAACGAAGACCCAGGCACCCCAAAAAAGAUGAGUCAAGGCAACGCAGAGAAGUGACUUUCCCUGGCCUCCUCCGAACAUACCCUGGCUGGGAAGAUGAGACAGUGGUUUGUGGUGCCAGGGCACCGCAGAUUUGAAGCAAUGGGCAGAAAAGCAACCCCACUGAGUUGGUAAGGAACAAUAACCUGAUUUCAUCCUGUUUUGAUGCAAGGGGUCUCCCUUUCCGGGUCUCUCAGUGGUCUACUCUGUAGCUGCCCAGAAGCCCCUCCCACCUGGAGAUGGCCAGAUGCCCUGCUCCUGGUCACCUAACAACCCUGCAUACGACACAAGAGAACUAAACUCUAGAUUGGGGCACCGUGUGCCAGGGUCCAUAGACUCAAGAGCUGGUCCUCGUGGCUAUGGAUUCAUUUGUGUGUUCAGCCCCAGCUUCUGUGGCUCCAGGAGUCUGAAGAAGGAGUUCUUCCCAACUGUUACACACAGGUCUGACUCCCCCAGCCCUCCAUCAAGGCGCUGAAUGGCCUGUUGUCAUCAGGGGAAAGCCAAAUGAGAGGAGAGAAAAGAACUUGUGGGGAAAUGGCAUUUUUAGGCUUCGCUCCUCCACUUGCCCUAUCUGCUGAGAACGGGUACUUCUGCAUUGAACGUGUGUGCCGCCCGCGUCUUGGCCGUCACGCAGCGGUGGCCCAGCCUCGGCCUGGCGAGCCGUGCUGUGCGCGGCCACGUCUGCAGCAGCUCUUUAUUCCCUUGGCACGUUUGGUGUCCGUUACAUUCACUGGCCUGUUCUGGCGGUGCCACUAAGUCCCUCCAAAGGCAGGGCUUGCCUGAUGAACAUUUUUCCUCCUCUGAGCUGGAAUUUUAUAGCCAUUAAAGAUGAACAGGGUGAUGAGAGGGCUUCUUGAGACUACCCAGCAGGGAACUUCACUUGGAUUCUGUUGAGAAGCAAAGCCACCAGAACGGUUGGGACAGGGGAAGCUGGCGCUGGAAGGAGGGACUUUGUAUGGAAAACCUUGACCUGGACAGUUGCUGCCAUCUCCCCAACUCUGCUGGGUGUUUCUGGGGCAGAGAGUUUAGGCUCCCAAACUUAACAUAGUUUUAACGGAGUUCUGUCCAGCGAUGAGUUGGGGCUCCUUCUGAAGUGCAUUUAAAAUUAAAAUCUAUAGCUUGCCCUCAUUCAAAGAAAAAAAUAGCAGCAGCAAAUAAAUGUUAAAAUCACAGUCUCUACUUAGUCACGUCCUUUUAUGCA